UUUUUACAACACCAAUGCUGGCGUUCUCUUUCAAAAAUUUUCGGCUUGUUUAUUUUUUUAUGUAGCGUUUGUGGGAAUUUACUUCAAAAAGUGGGGCCAAUCUGUGUACUUAACAAAGUAAACCAAGAUGUCCACUCGAAAUUUCGGAGAAACAAUUGAGGAGUACGAGGUACAGCACUUGUUGGGCAAAGGUGGCUUUGCUAGCGUCUAUAAAGCAAAAUGCCUGCACUCUCAUCAAGAUGUGGCAAUCAAAAUGAUCGACAAGAAACUCAUUCAGGGGACAGGACUCACAAGCCGCGUUCGACAGGAGGUGGAAAUUCACUCUCGCCUAAAACAUCCUUCUGUGCUGCAGCUAUACACAUUCUUUCAGGAUGCAAACUAUGUGUAUUUGGUGUUGGAGUUGGCUCACAACGGUGAACUGCAGCGCUAUAUGAAGCAGCAUCUUUCGCGUCCCUUUACCGAAUCCGAGGGCGCCACCAUAUUGAAGCAGGUGGUGGCGGGCCUGCUGUACUUGCAUUCCCACAACAUCAUGCACCGUGACAUUUCGCUCUCCAACCUGCUACUCAGCAAGGAAAUGCACAUAAAAAUCGCCGAUUUCGGGCUGGCAACUCAACUAAAACGACCAGACGAAAGGCACAUGACUAUGUGCGGCACUCCCAACUAUAUUUCGCCCGAGGUGGUUUCCCGAUUGUCCCACGGCCUGCCAGCGGAUGUUUGGAGUGUUGGGUGUAUGCUCUACACGCUGCUAGUGGGACGACCGCCGUUUGAAACCGAGGGUGUGGAGUCGACGCUCAACAAAGUCGUGAUGUCUGAAUUCAUGAUGCCAUCACAUUUGUCCUUUGAGGCACAAGACCUAAUCCAUAAGCUACUCAAGAAAAGCCCACAAGACCGCAUUACCCUUGAGCAGGUCCUCCGUCAUCCAUUUCUGAAAAGAACGCCUGGCGGCUCAUCGUAUAGCACAACGCCUGGCGCGUUAAAUGAAUUCAGUCAAAGUGUCGCCAGCAGCGACAGUGGAAUCAUAACCUUUGCCAGCAAUGACUCUAGGAAAUCCCACCGACUUCGUUCUGUUGAUAAUUCUUCAGGACAAUCGAUGCCACAGAUAAUGGAAGAAUAUUUGCCGUCGUCUAUCCUGGGCUACGAGUCACAGGAACAUCUGCCAAUUUACGAACAGCAUGGCUUAUAUCUGCCAGCGCCAGGCGGUCAGUUGGAGCAUAGAGACGCCAAAUGGCCAGCCACAAACAGUUUCGUUCCAUUUAGGCCUGAGAGCGACAUGAUAUCGACACCAAAUGCUGAGAAACGACUCUCAGUCCCGCCACUGGAAACGAAAAGGUUGCAGCCGACGCGUUAUAAAACGAAAAAUGCCAUCAUGAGCAUUUUGCGGACUGGCGAGGUUGUCUUGGAGUUUGUCAAGUUUAAGGCAAAGUUCAAUGAAGAUCGAAUCACUGAUAUUUGUCGCAUAUCCGAAGAUGGACGCCGUAUCAUAAUCUAUCAACCCGAUCCAGGACGCGGCUUACCAAUAAGAGAACAUCCACCAGACCCUCUCAUACCCAGCGAGGACUGUGUCUACAACUACGAGAGUUUGCCGCAUAAACACUGGAAAAAAUAUGUGUACGCUGCCCGAUUUGUGGGUCUGGUGAAGAGCAAAACACCGAAAAUCACCUAUUUCAGUAGCCUAGCGAAAUUCCAACUCAUGGAGACAAUGACGGACUAUGAGGUACGCUUCUAUUCUGGGGCCAAGGUUUUAAAGUCCUCCACUGACGGUGUUAAGGUGUUCAAUGCGCAUGGAGCAGUGCUGCCGGAUAAUGCUUGUGCGGAGACACGCAAUCUAAUUGACCACGGAAAUGAAUGCUUCUCCCAUUGCGUCAAUAUCAGCAAUGCUCUAGAACUCGCCCAGACUAAGGAGAAUACGUGUUUCCCGGUCACAAUCGGUCGACGGCCUCCCACAGAGCUACAUGCGGGCCAACGUUUCGAAGGUCUUAGGGAUACAACAAACUUUGCCUACUCCACUCCGAAAUCAAAUCAGGGUUCAAUUAACUUCUCCGUGAGCACCAUGUCCACGGCGCGAAGUGCCUCGGACUACAAUUCAAAUACAUCGCGGCCCAACAUGAUGGCUGCCCACCAAAAUGUUCCAAUCAAACGUAUCACCGUACCCGAAAUUGGAAUUGUUACUGAGCUGUCCCAUGGAGUUGUGCAAGUGCAAUUCUAUGAUGGAUCUAUGGUCUCAGUAAUACCAAAGGUGCAGGGAGGAGGCAUUACGUAUACACAGGCCAACGGCCUAUCUACCCAUUUCGGCAGCAACGACGAUUUGCCAUUUGCGGUCAGAGAUCGACUCAAUCAAAUGCCACAGUUGCAGAUGAAGUUAAAGUGCGCUCCAUUGUUGGGGAACGCCAGAAGUGUAGACUGCCAUUUAAUGACACCAAAAUCGACAACGCCUUUUUACAAUCGCAUGAUAAUUUGACAAUUUGUGCAACUCCUAAUUCUAUCUAAUGUUAAAAAAUAAACACUUUGUCGUUUAAUAUUGUAUUAUAAAAUAAAAGCAAAUAUAUUUUGUAAUAUCCUUAAUGUGUGCAGAGAAAACUCCUAUUCUAAUUUGAAGUGUUCACGAUGGAAAGCUCUUGCUUCAGUUCAGCUACUCAAGAAAUCAAAGAUUCCAAGACAUUGCGAUUCAAUAAAAAUCUUUUAUUGAAGUUUUAAGUGUUUCAAAAUCUAAUUGUAAAGUUUCGUGGUUAGCAUUGUACAUAAUACUAUUAGAAAAGUAUAAAAUAUGUUACUGUAUAUACGCUUAUUUAAGAUUAAUGUGUCGUGUGUCGUUUCAUUGUACGUAUUUAAUUUAAUUUAUGAAUGCAUAACUGCGGAAACCACAAGAUAAUACACAAGAUUGGUAGAUGCAUGGAUGGAUUACACUAUAAUGUACUGAGUAAAUUGCUUAUUUAAUAAAAUUUGUUGCAGCAAUUCAGAAGAAUCAAUUUGAGCAUAAAGUAUUCCAAUUUAUUGUGUAAGCCAUUUGAUUUAAAAACAUAAAAAGACAUGUUUGAUUAUACAAAUAAUAGAUGUAAAAAGCUUAAUUUAAUGGACGGUAUAAAUAAACAUAUGAACGGAAAGCAUAGGCAUGAUAAAAAUGCAUAAACAAAAGCGACAAAAGGUGAAAUUUUAAGCAAAACUAAAUUAGAAAUUAGUUAUAUUUCGAAUUAAUUGCUUGGCCAUGCAACUGUCGUCGAACCAAGUCCAAAUGAUUGCCAAUAACUCAUCAAAUGAAUAUAAAAAAGGAAAACUAAAA